AUCGACAGGGUGCUGACAUAAGCGGUGGAAAAAAGCCGCAAGCGUCGUGGCCGCGUUGGGACUCUCUUUCUUGUUGAUUGCUGGUCCACGGGAAACUUGCCCCUUGUGCCUCGCUGGAAAAAUUAUCUGGCUUUUCUUUUUGCGCCGAAGCGCAUCGGAUUCCUGAGCCUCACCCGACACGAUUACGUUUCGAACAAUCGCCUUUGAGUUGUUUAUCUUUGAGUGUAUACCCUCCGGAGGCCGCGGAAGAUCUUCAAAAAAGGCAUCAUGUACCUCAUUCAGCUCGCCAUUGAAUAUGGCGCGCCCCUGUUCCUCAUUUCCUCUCCCCUCACGUCCUACCUGGACCAGAUCCUCAGCAUUCACCGGAAUAGGAGUUCGGCUGGGUUUUCGCUCGACAUCCCAUUGAUUAUGCUUGUCGCAUCGAUCUUGAAGGUCUUCUACUGGUUCGGAGAAUACUACUCCAAGGCCCUUCUGGCCCAGGCCGUGGUCAUGAUCUUCGUGCAGAUGGCGCUACUCAAGGUUGCUUUGGACAAUCGGCCCGCCGUUGGCGCAAAGAAUGGCAUCGAGCACACACCCUUCAGCGGUGGCUCCCACGGUGGAUUCAACCGGCCCUAUGAUUUCUGGCAGUGGAAAAACACCAAGCCGUACUGGCUCUUCCUCGCCUACUUUGUCGCCGUCCUGACCGUCUUCCACCUUACCCCCAUCUCCGAUUCCCCGGCCUACAUCAGCCUCCUGGGUGCUGUUGGUCUCGCUGUUGAGGCUAUUCUCCCUCUCCCCCAGAUUCUGGCCAACCACCGUUCCGGUUCCUGCAAUGGCUUCCGAGUGUCCGUUCUCGCUGCUUGGAUUCUCGGAGAUACCAUGAAGAUGAGCUAUUUCUUCUGCAGUCAGGAAACCAUCCCCUGGGCGUUCAAGCUGUGCGGUAUGUUCCAGUGCGUGUGCGAUCUGUACUUGGGCUUCCAGUACUGGAUGUUCACCCGCUCCUCCGGCCGGGCUGCUGGCAGCUCCGUAGAGCAGGAAGGCGGGUGGGGGCAAGAAGAGAAGGAUAUUCGCAUGAACUGAGAGGUCUUGCGAUUAGGAUUUUAUGAACCGAUUGCUGCAUUUGGUGUAGAUAUAUGGGAACCACCGAACCAUAGCGACUUAUAGACUUGUAAUUCUGAAUGAGAUGACGUUUAAUCUUUUCUUGA